GGGGUCGCGCGGCGGCGGCGUCAGCGGCGGCGCCCGGGCGGUGGGAGCCGAGGCGCCGAGCAAGAUGGCGGUGCGAGUGCUCCGCGCCCGCGGAGCGGCCUGGGCCGGCGGCCUCCUGCGGCGGGCGGCCCCCUGCAGCCUUCUGCCCAGGCUCCGGACGUGGACAUCUUCCAGCAACAGAUCUCGAGAAGACAGCUGGCUAAAAUCCUUAUUUGUCCGGAAAGUUGAUCCAAGAAAAGAUGCCCACUCCAAUCUCCUAGCCAAAAAGGAAACAAGCAAUCUAUACAAAUUACAGUUUCACAAUGUUAAACCGGAAUGCCUAGAAGCAUACAACAAAAUUUGUCAAGAGGUGUUGCCAAAGAUUCACGAAGAUAAACACUACCCUUGUACUUUGGUGGGGACUUGGAACACGUGGUAUGGCGAGCAGGACCAAGCUGUCCACCUCUGGAGGUAUGAAGGAGGCUAUCCAGCCCUCACAGAAGUCAUGAAUAAACUCAGAGAAAAUAAGGAAUUUUUGGAAUUUCGUAAGGCAAGAAGUGACAUGCUUCUCUCCAGGAAGAAUCAGCUCCUGUUGGAGUUCAGUUUCUGGAAUGAGCCUGUGCCACGAUCAGGACCUAAUAUAUAUGAACUCAGGUCUUACCAACUCCGACCAGGAACCAUGAUUGAAUGGGGCAAUUACUGGGCUCGCGCGAUCCGCUUCAGACAGGAUGGUAACGAAGCCGUCGGAGGAUUCUUCUCUCAGAUCGGGCAGCUGUACAUGGUGCACCAUCUUUGGGCUUACAGGGAUCUUCAGACCAGGGAAGACAUACGGAAUGCAGCAUGGCACAAACAUGGCUGGGAGGAAUUGGUAUAUUACACAGGUAAUCUCUUAACAGCCAUGAAAUACGCUUUUUGUCUUACUGUUUCAAUCAUGUUCUUUCACCCUGACACUAAUAGGUGGCUUUUGUAAUAGUAUGUUGCUAGGAUAGUGAGUUAUCAGGUUGGAGCGGGGAAGGGAGAUAGUCAAUUUUUCUCUAAUACAUACAUGACUUUUUUCAAUAAAGCAGAAUAUCCAUGCUUUCAAAUAUGUAUAUCAUCUGUUACAGUUUUCAGACCCUUGGAUAUUGUAAAUUUUACAUCACUACCUUUUUUUGUAGAUUUCUGUAUUCUCUAAAAACUUAUUACACAAAUAAAAUUUUUUUCUAAGCUUUCUUUUCCAUCAAAAUUGUUAGUAUCCCAAAUCAGAACUUAAUACAUCAAUUAAAGAGUGAUUUUGAAAUUGGAUAAAUUAAACUUCCUGUAUGUACAGUAUGUAUACAUGGGUGCAUAAUACAUUCAUGUGCACAUACAUAGGUAUAUUAUGAAACCCUGUUUGCUUGAUUUUUAUAAGAAAACAGUUGGCUGAAUGUAACCCAGUGGCAUUGGUAGAGGUAAUCAGUACCAGCCAUGUUGCAUGGCAAGUAUAUUUCAGGCCGAGCGCAGUGGCUCACGCCUGUAAUCCCAGCACUUUGGGAGACCGAGGCGGGCAGAUCACCUGAGGUCGGGAGUUCGAGACCAGCCUGACGAACAUGAUGAAACCUGUCUCCAUUUGAGAGGUUGAGUCAGGAGAAUUGUUUGAACCUGGGAGGUGGAGAUUGCGCCACUGCACUCCAGCCUGGGUGACAGAGCAAGAAUCAGUCUCAAAAAAAAAAAAAAGUAUAUCUCAGCGCUUGUACUACCACGAAAAUAAAAGAGUAAUUUGUCCUAGGAAGUAGGUGUUACCUUGUCUUUCCGUUCAAGAGAUUAUAUAACAUAUAAUUACAUGUUAUAUAAUUGUAUUUGAUUUUGCUGCUUACUCAAAGAACGUUUGAGAAAUCACCAUUUCUCCUCACAAUACGGACUUUCCCUACCUCCCACAAAUAAAACAAAUAUCCAGAUAGGAUCUGCUGUUUUUUUUUUGAGACAGAGUCUUGUUCUGUCGCCAGGCUGGAGUGCAAUGACGCGAUCUCGGCUCACUGCAACCUCCGCCUCCUGGGUUCAAGCGAUUCUCCUGCCUCAGCCUCCUGAGUAGCUGGGAUUACAGGCAGUCGCCACCACACCCAGCUAAGUUUUGUAUUUUUAGUAGAGACAGGUUUCACCCUGUUGGCCAGGAUGGUCUCGAUUUCCUGACCUCGUUGAUCCACCUGCCUCGACCUCCCAAAGUGCUGGGAUUACAGGUGUAAGCCACUGCGCCCAGCUGAUCUGGUGUAAUUUUAAUAGCAUCCUGUAGGAUGCCAGCUGAUACAGGGUCCACUUGUAUAUUUCUGCCCUUGAGGUUAGUCCUGUAUAUUAUGAUAUUCUCUUGUUUUCAAGCAGCACAUCUGUGAACAUUCUUGGCAAUCUGUCUGUUAGUGUCAUUUACCAUAAUGUGUUUAGAAAAUAACAAGUGCAGUAACCCUGAUCCUGUUUUCAGUUCCACUUAUUCAGGAAAUGGAAUCCAGAAUAAUGAUCCCACUGAAGACCUCGCCCCUCCAGUAAAGCUGUAGAGUUUCUAUGUGCCUACAUACAUUUCUGUGACAAGCAUUUGUCAUAAAUUAAUUUUAAUUGUAUAUCAAGUAAAAAAGAAACACUGAGGUUUAAGCUGCUGUAUAUAGCUUGUGAGAAACCUCUUUUCUUUAAAAUUUACAUAAUCACAAGAAAGGAAAGAAUUACAGUUGGACUGAUUGUGACAGUGCCCUGUCGUCCUCUUUGAAACAUCCCCGUGUUGUCCAGUAUACCUUAUGACACUUAGCCACUUCUCCCCACCCUCCAGAAGGGGUCCACAUUGAAUUCUGAAUCAUCUUGAAAAUAAGAUUCCAACCACAAAAAAAAAUUAGCCAUUUCUUUACUUAAAAAAAAAAAAAAAAAAAAAUCUGUUUUAUAAUUACAGAUUUUUAGACAAAUUUCUUGUAUCAGGAAGAAAUACAAAUUUUGUGAUGUUUCUCAAGCAGUUUUUCUGAGUAGUUUCUGAGGAGGAACAAAUUACAAGUGUACCCAGUAACUGAAAAUGUUUUAACUCACUGUCAUUUGUAAGCAGUCCACAUAGUAGACAAUGGGUUUUCCAAGCUGGGCAAGGUACAUUUAAUCAGUAAAUCAGUUUCACAUCAUGUAUCGUGAUGUUUCAAUGUGAGACAUAAAAACAAUGGCUUGAAACUUGUGUAUCAUAUGUGAUUUUGAAAUGAACACCUUGAAUAGCACUAAUUUUUAUUUGUGAUAUUUUUCUAUAACAAAACAAGUAGCACUAGGAAAAGAGGUUUUAUUUUGUAAACGAUCAUUUGUGACCUCAGACACACUCUGGCUAAUAUUUUAAUAAGCUCACAGCAGAUUAAUUCUGAGAUCAUGGAUGAGGGGUGGUGCAUGUUGAGAUUUAAAUUGGCAUAAAGCUGCAUACUUUUUGUCUAGCUGUUUGAUUUCAUUUUUUUAUAGUGUGCCAAUUUUGUGACUGUUACCAUGUGAAAGUCCUGUUGAAAUGAACAGUUAUGUCUGCCCCACAAUCAAGAAUGUAUGUGUAAAGUGUGAAUAAAUCUCAUAUCAAAUGUCAAACUUUUACAUGUGAAUGAUUUUCUCAAAGAACAUAGAAAAGUCAAUAAAAUCCUCUUAAUUUUCACA